UUUUUGCUGGAGAGUCUGUCGGGAAGUGUGUGUUCGCAUGUAUGCGUGUGUGCGCGCGCGCGUUCGUAACUUGUUCAUUUGUUCCCUACACUCUCCUCUGCUUUGCAAACAAACGGCCUCCUUUUUGUUGGAUUUAUUCUACUUCCAGUUUGGGGACUUUUUCGUGGGAGGAACUCCCGGCCGGGAAUAUAGGAGAACAAGAUCCGAAGAAGAAGAAGAAAGAGGAGGAGAAGUAGAAGAAGAAGCAACAGUCCAACCUGGAGGAGGAAGAGGGCGUUCGGAGAUCCAAGUAACCAUGGACGUCCCUGGUAUGCAGUCUCUCAUUGAUCCAGAGGAGCUGUUCAUCAAAUUGGAUCGUAUUGGAAAGGGAUCUUUUGGGGAGGUGUUUAAAGGUAUUGAUAAUCGUACUCAGAGUGUUAUUGCCAUAAAGACCAUUGACCUGGAAGAGGCUGAGGAUGAGAUUGAGGACAUCCAGCAGGAGAUCACAGUUCUCAGUCAGUGUGACAGUCCGUACAUCACAAAGUACUUUGGCUCCUACCUGAAGGGCAGUAAACUAUGGAUCAUCAUGGAGUACCUUGGCGGGGGUUCGGCGUUGGACUUGCUGCGGGCGGGUCCAUUUGAAGAGUCUCAGAUUGCUACUAUGCUUAAGGAGAUCCUGAAGGGGCUUGACUACCUGCACUCUGAGAAAAAGAUUCACAGAGACAUUAAAGCUGCCAACGUCCUGCUGUCGGAGCACGGUCAGGUGAAACUGGCGGAUUUCGGGGUGGCCGGUCAGCUGACGGAUACACAGAUCAAGAGGGAAACGUUUGUGGGAACCCCAUUCUGGAUGGCUCCAGAGGUCAUCCAGCAGUCUGCAUACGACUCGAAGGCCGACAUUUGGUCACUGGGCAUCACGGCCAUCGAGCUCGCCAAGGGUGAACCUCCAAAUUCAGACAUGCAUCCAAUGCGAGUGCUGUUCCACAUUCCCAAAUCUCCUCCUCCGACGUUGUCUGGAGAAUUUUCCAAGAGCUUCAAAGACUUCACUGAGGCCUGUCUCAACAAGGACCCAGCCUUUCGUCCUACAGCGAAGGAGCUUCUUAAACACAGGUUCAUUGUCAGACACUGUAAGAAGACGUCCUACCUCAGCGAGUUGAUUGACCGGUACAGGAGAUGGAAGGAAGAGGGCCAUAGCGACAGCAGCUCUGACGAGUCUGACGGUGAGUCCAGUAAUAAGGAAAAUGCUGAGUCUCCUCCGUGGUCCUUCACCACGGUCCGCAAAAAGAAGACGGAGAGCAGGAAGGUCCUGAAUGGAACGGGUCAGGAUCAACAGAGUAAAUCUACCAGUCUGACUACAGUCAUCUCCCCUGUCUUCACUGAGUUAAAACAGCAGCAUAAGGAGCACUCUGAGCAGCGGUUGGCCAUCGAGGAGCUGGAACGCAACAUCCGAUUGGCUGAAGAUGUCUGUCCAGGUAUCACGGACAGGAUGAUCACAAACAUUAUCGCCAGGUAUCAGAAGUUCACAGCCAACUGAGGGAAAAUUGCUUGAUAAAGAAGUACAGAAAAUGAAGUUAUACUGUGUCUCCACAUGGUGACGCUGCUGGAUGCUUGGAAACAGAGGAAAUUUGCUGGGCAAUGCCUCCUCUCAGUACACACACACCCUACUAAUGUAAUAUAUGCAGUACACUAUUAUAUACGCAUACAUAUAUAAAUAUUUCACUGCUGCUGGUUGAGACUUUUUUUCCCCCAACUGUUUGAAUUAACUGAUCUAAAUUAAUGAAGGUACAAGUCAUUUGGAUUUAUAGGUUUCAUUUCCUCCCAUUGAUGUCAUCAACCUUUGUUUGCAGACAUUUAUUCAGCUUCACUUUUUUUAAAUACUAAAGAAAAUAAGUCUUAAAGAUUCAAUUAAUAUUUAAGCCUGUAAGUGAAUUCUAAUGUUCCUAAAUUGCCAUGUUGUGCCUUAUAUCUUCAUGCAAUCACUAUUUUCCAAAAGCAAAAGAGACCCUUUGCUGAAACUGCACACACAAAACAUAUAAAGCUGCAGAUUAUUGUCCAUCAGCAGCGGUGUGUCUUGUGUCAUGUCUUUUCUCGACUUUGUAGAUAUAAAUGUUUUUGAGUAGCACUUCAGAUAUGCCAAUAAUAAUGUUUGUGUUGUUGUCCUCCGGAAUUCUUCAAUUACAGUUCCCUGAUCUUGGAAGUCAGCUGGGUAAAAGGUUUAUUUAAAAAGUAUACAUUGUCAAAGUUUAACUUUUGUUAAAUAUCUGGUGUUAAUUAUGCAUUUCACCACUCAAACAAUGCUGGGAGUACUUUUAUUUAAUAAUUCAUUCAAGGUUGGAAAACACAUAGGACUCCUGAAAUAUUUUGUCAAAUAUUUUUGGGACCUUUCAAAAGCUAACUUGGCAUAACAGCUAGCGUUUAGCUAAUUAGCUGUACAGGUCUCCUUACUCUUAACUAAAUUUAUUGAUUAUUGUAAAUAUGUCUAAAGUCCUAAAUGUAUACCUACAGAAAGUGAAAUGUAGUAAAAUAGCAAAAACAAAGAAAUUACUGGCAUUCAUAAUUAUGUAAUAAGAUAUGUCAUGAAAUGAGUCAAAAAGAAACAUUUUGAUAUAGUUUUGGGUUUAGAAGUAAAUUUAAUGAGUGGUAUUGUUUUCUUGGAUGUGUUAGUCAGCUGUCAACUUGUGUUUGAAGGUUGGUGUUACAAUUUUAUAGAAAUGUCCAACGUUGUAAAGUAGCACAGAUUAUUCUCAAGAGCAUGAAGGGAGUUGUAAUUAAAGAUAAGGCUGACAGUUUGUACCAAAGACACUAUAAACCUUUGUAUAUUUUUGCCUUUUUAUAUGAUAAGGGAUGUGAUAAUGUUUGUUUAGGGAUGUAAAAUGAAAGAUGUGAGAUUUUGCAGAAAUGUACGUUUUUUUUUUCCUUUUGUAGCGGGAUCUAGAGUUUUAUGAAUAAAUAUUUAAGUUUGAUUGACAAAAAUAA